CACUGCAGCGACGUGACCUGACAGAGGCUGAGCAGAAAAUGGCAGGACAGGUGAAGACCCUCCUGAUCCUCUUCAGCCUCCUCAGCCUGACUGAAGAGUUUGAGGUGAAAGAUGACGAGUGGGAGGAGCUGAGCCCUGAUAUUGCUGCGCUGCACCGCCUCAAAGGACUGUCUGAACACAUCACUUACCAAAGCCUCCAGGAUCCUCCAGACCUCUGGAGAACGUCCAGACAUGGGACCAGAGUUGGAAGAUCCACCAGAAGGGUGCACAAUGAUAAACAAAUAAUGAGUUUGCUGGAUGGCGUGAUGGAAGAAUGUGAAGAUUUAACAACUUGUGUCAUUAAAAAGCAUCAGGAAUUUGAGACCUUCUUGGCACAUAUUGAUGAACAGAAGAUAGGUGACAGGCUGCUAACUGCUGCAGAAAUCGCACACAGCUACAACAUGAAAUUUCUGGUCAUGAUUGAUGAAGAAAGGUUGACCAAAGAAAGAGUCCAGCAGGAAUACAUCAGAGAUCCUCAUUAUUCAGUGAAAGUCAGUAAAGCCUGUCUACACAAUGAUUCCUGCCUGCCAGAAGCAGAUAGCCACACAGUGGUGAAGGUAUUUGGAAGUGUUUCAGAAGAUGGACAAACUGUGUCGGGCCACUCUGGCUCAGAGCUUGCAGAGCUCAUGCUGAGGCCAUCACUCAGAGCAGCACUGGUAUUCUCCCUGGACGGCAACACGACUGCAGACUUUCAACAUAAAUUCCUUCAGGGUUUCAUGCACCGGGAAUUUAAAGUGGUCUUGGAAACAAGCCAGGAGGAUCACCAGGUUUACCAGGUUAUGGGUAAAACUGACGUGGUUUCAACGACAAGUCCAAAGACACCAGUUGAUCACACCACACAGUAUGACCACCAGCAGAUCCUCAUAAUGGAAGAUGAUGAUGUUGUUAGAAAAGCUGCUGCUUAUCUUUAUGAGAAGCACCCUGCUGUCAGUUCUGUCUAUGUACUUGAUGAGCAUCAAAAUCCCAAACUGAUUCAUGGUAACUCGGUGCCUCUGUCAGAGAACAGCAGACUGGUACUUGUAGGCCAUGGGAGAAAAACAGGCACAGAAGAAGUUAAACUGGCGGGUUACAAAGCUGAAGAUGUGGCUAGAAUCAUUGGGCGAACCUCUAGGGUUGGCAACCAAAUCAAAACAACAAGUGUGGUGGGCUGUAAGGUGGGAUCAGAUAAAACAUUCAUCACAACCCUCCUGAAGGAACUCCAUGUGACUGCUGGCAUCAACACAGAGCUGCACCUGAGGGACACUGUACUGCAGGUCACACACACAGGGAAGAAAAUCACCCCAGAAAUAACUCCAACUGGAAUGGAAUGGAGAAAUAAAGAUAACAGUAAGAAAGUUGUGGCAACCUUCGACAGAAGUGGAGAUGUAGUCAUUAGAAAACUGCCGGGCAAUACAGGAGAGGCCUUUUUUACUAAUGAAAGAAAUUUCCUGGGAAAAAUGAAUACACCAGGUAAUAUCGAAAACAGCAGCCCAACAGGUCCACAGAGAUUUAUCACACCUGAGGUUUUUGAGGAGUUUACGAACCCCAAGCUACCGCAAGCAUUUGAUGACCCAUUCACCAAUUGCUUAAGAAGUCACAGCAUUGACUACACCAACUCCUCGUCUCCUCUGGAGGUGGACCUUCAGAAGGACAAGAUACUCCACAGUGUGACUGAGGUUCGAGGAUCAAAGUUUGAUGAUGUCAUCAAUGGAAGUAAUGAUCAGGACAAUGCAUUGUUUGGUGGUUGGAAAGAUGACGCCUUGGAAGGAGGUGAAGGAAAAGACACCUUGAUAGGAGGCAAUGGAAAUGACAUUCUGGUUGGCGGCUUGGGAGACGACACGCUUUACGGAGAGGACGGAAAUGAUACCAUGAUGGGAAACUCUGGCUGGGAUGUCUUCAUUCCCGGACCAGGGGCUGAUCUGGUGGAUGGCGGUCCAGGCCGAGACACUGUCCUGUACCGAGGUGAUCAUAAGAAAGGUGAGGGGGUUUAUGUCAACCUGCUGAGUGGAAAAUGUUACCGAGCUGAUGCAGAAGGUGACGAACUGAAGGAUGUGGAGAUUGUCAUCGGCACCAUCUACUCUGAUCUCUUGGUAUCGGGUUACGAAGCUGCCCUCCUCAAAGGCUCAGAUGGCAACGACACUCUGGUGUCCACUGGUGGAGAUUACCUGAUUGGGGGCGACGGAAAUGACAUUUACAUGCUGGCCUUCCAACAGGGCUCAGUCACCAUUGACAACUGCACAGAGGACAAGGCCACAGAUAUACUGAGCCAGUUGAGGUGGUUCGAGUCAGGAUGCCUCAUGGUCGCCUCCCGGUGGAGGUUUCUGGACAUGACCAACUGGGAGGAGACCCUGGGCCGGACCCAGGACACCCUGUAG